CUGCGUUCCUCUUCUCGCCCUUCUGCAGUCACUCGGUCCUAAAUUGAGCUGGCUUGAGUGCUGACAGACGAUUAGAGUAGAUAGUCGUCCUGUGCCUUUAGAUAGUUAGGUGCAGAGAGAGAAGGGGCUUUCUGGAUGGGAUUUUUUUUUUUUGCAGUGUACAGUUCGUGACAAGGAUGCACAGGUGCGCGCUCAAAUAAGGCAUAGUUAUUAAGCGAUAGUUGCGUCUCUAACGUUACCUUUAAUUGUUAAAGAGUCAUCGGAAUUCUAAGAGACAUUGGGUCAAACUGGCAAACAGCACAAAACGAUCAGAACGGUGAAUUAGCACGCGUAGUUCUGUCCUCGCUAUUGUAGGAGUCUUGAUCUGACAUAACGGAGUUUUGAUUGUAGCCCGCUGAAUGUUCCUUGGUUCUGACAAUUCAAUUCUUUUGUCACUACAGCGACUUGCUGCUUGUGAUGGUUGUGUGCAGUGACGUUGUGGCGCUUUGUCCGUGGCUACUGGCGAAGUGCGCUGGAGAGAUAUAGUUGUAUUACAUCAGUGCACCAAGUGAGUGGAGUGCGACACAGAGAAGAGAAACGGGUGUUGAGGGAGGGGUAUCAAUUAUCAUUAAGAUUUGCACUAGUCGCUCAAGAAGCAUUUAAACACCAUUUAGAUAUUUAGGUGCAUUCAUGGAAUGCGACUGUGACCGCUUCCCACUGCCUGUUUAUCAUUGAUCAAGACAGUACAGAGGAGCGUCAGAGAAGGCUGGUAGAGGCAAUGGCAGAGAUGAGCCUGGAGCCACUGUCCUCUCUGGAGGUAGCCAUCGAUCCAGAUUUUGAGCCACAGAAACGGCCGAGAUCAUGCACUUGGCCUCUGCCAGAGUCCAGCUCGGCAAAGCCUGCUUCCCACGACACAGAUAUAAUCCCAGAGGAAGAUGAUGAUGAGGAUGACAAUGCUAUGGCAAUCAGUGCCAACAGUGUGGAUGAAAGAGAGGACAAUGGCAGCCCAAGCUUGACUGAGGAAUUGCAUCCCACUAGCGGUCAGGAGAACACAGGCUCCCCACUUUCUUCUCAGCCCACUUCUGCAACCACGGCGAGUCCAGAGACAAGCGGUCAGAGCAGCCAACAGCAAACUCCCCGGAAGUCAUCUUCAAGGAGGAACGCAUGGGGCAACCUGUCCUAUGCAGACCUUAUCACAAAAGCCAUAGAGAGCACCCCAGACAAGAGACUGACACUGUCCCAGAUCUACGACUGGAUGGUCAGAAGCGUCCCAUACUUUAAAGACAAAGGUGACAGCAACAGUUCCGCUGGUUGGAAGAACUCCAUUCGUCAUAACCUGUCCUUGCAUAGCCGUUUUAUCCGUGUACAGAAUGAGGGGACUGGAAAGAGCUCUUGGUGGAUGAUCAAUCCUGAAGGGGGGCGGGGAGGUAAGGCACCAAGGCGACGUGCAGUCUCUAUGGACAAUGGUAACAAAUAUACCAAGACUGCACGUGGGCGUGCAGCCAAGAAAAAGGCAGCACUGCAGGCUGCCCAAGAGGGUUCACUGGAGAACGUGUCUACUAGUGGUCUGUCCAAGUGGCCAGGAAGUCCCACUUCACGGAGCAGCGAUGAAUUGGAAUCUUGUUGGACUGACUUCCGAUCACGAACUAACUCCAACGCUAGCACCCUGAGUGGACGCCUGUCACCUAUCUUGGCCAAUCCAGAGCUUGAUGAGGUUCCAGAUGGCCCACCCCUGUCUCCAAUGCUGUACUCCAGCCCCAGCAGACUUUCUCCUCCCUUAGUGUCCUCAUCAAACUCCAAAACAUGCCCCGUUGAACUUCCAGGGCUAGCUGACUUGACUGGCACAAUGAAUCUCAAUGAGGCUGACAACCUAAUGGUCGAUCUGUUGGACAACAUUGCCACACAUGUGCAGGCAGUUCAAGGGUCUUCUGCAUUCAGUUUUGGCUCCAAGAGCACCACAUCACCCCCAAGCUCCUCUUCAUCCCAAACUGUGAGCAACAACACCGGAGGAUUCAGUAACACCAUAUUUGGGCCUUCACCAGUAGUCCUACGUCAGACACCCAUGCAGACCAUCCAGGAAAACAAGCAAACAUCAUUCUCUAGUGUUUCUGGUUUCGGGAACUCACUUCAGGAGCUGCUGAAUUCUGAUUCUCUGGUUAUGCACAGUCAUAGUGACGUCAUGAUGACACAGUCAGACCCACUCAUAUCACAGGCCAGCGCUGCUGUCACCUCACAAAACUCCCGUCUUCGCAAUGGUCUCAUGCUGCGUAAUGAUCCCAUGAUGUCAUCCUUCAGCUCUGUCCUCAAUGGGCGAAGCAGUCACCUGCAGAACAAGCAACAGGGUUCCAAUGUCCAGGGUUCUUUGCGUUCCCUCUCCAACAACAGGGCGCAAAGUCUAGCUAACAAUGCUAAUAAUUUAGUCUCUGCAAAACAGCACCUCCAGCCACAGCCCUCCAUGUUGAUGACAGAGACUUCACUUUACUCUGGGCUGAAUGGAAGUAACGGGGUCGGGAUCUGUCACCCCUCAGGAACAGAUCGUUUUCCAUCAGACUUGGACCUGGACAUGUUUAACGGCAGUCUGGAUUGCGAUGUGGAAUCCAUAAUUCGCUCAGAGCUAAUGGACUCUGAUGGACUGGAUUUUAACUUUGAUGCAUUGGUGCAAAACGCUGUUAGUUUGAAUCCUGUGGGAAACUUCACUGGGACGAAGCAAUCCAAUCAAAGUUGGGUGCCUGGCUGAUGGCAGUCACUUAGGCUCAGAACUGCAGAGAAUAACAACUACAAACAAAUAUCCCGCACAAAAAACAUCCAACAGACUUGAAGUAUCCUUUGCCAAGUUUGCUGUCUGCGGCAAGCACUGGAUGAUAUGCCUGUUUACAGGUCCAUCUGACUACAACAUGCUGAUGAUGUUUACCUUCAGUUCAGCAGGCCGAGACUAUAACAAAAAACUGAAACAAACAGCGAACUCGCAGAUCAUUAUGCAACAUUAUAAAAUGUUCAAAAUUUUCCCUUUGCCUGUUGAAACAUAGUUUCCUCUGUGGGGGUCUCUCUCUCUGUUUUCCCUAACAUUUUUGCUAAAUGAUUGGCUAUUUCUGUCAUCCUCUAAGCACUAACUGUGUAGUCAUUGAUUUAUAUAGAGGUGGAGAGUUAACCUGGAAAAUAACAGCUCAGGUGGAGCAAUGUAGCUUGACACGGUGCACUUCAACAAUUGCUUUCAUUUUUAAUUCACUGUUACCAUACAGUAGUUAGUUCCCAAUCUGAUAUAUAGUUGCCUCAUAAUAAUACUGAAGUAAUACAUUUUUGUGAUUGAAUGUAACCAUAUAAGGAGUAAUUCUUUGUGUGUACUGUCUGUAACUGUACAAAACAAAAAAACAAAAAUGGUGAAGUCCAUUUCGCAAGUGGAAGCGUCUUAUUUAGCCAGCAAAUGUUUGGACGUCUUGCAUAUAAAUGUAGCCAAAUGUAAUGAAUAAGUAAAUAUUAACUUGCAUCGUGGACAUUUCCAUGCCAUACCAGGUGCUAAAUGAUCAGUGUUGAGCCCUGUCCUAUUAUUAAGGCCGUCUGUGUUUCCCUGGCCAUGAGGACAUAGUAUAAUUGAUUUGCAUUAGCAAUUAGCAUCAUGGCAGCAUUUAAUAAUGGAUGGGCCUUUCCUCUGGAAGUCUUCUUUACUGAGCAAAAACAAUAAGCUAUCUUUUAUACAUUUGCCAAAUUACUUGAAAAUGUAGGAGAUGCUGGCAGCCAAAAUUACAAAACACACACAGUGAAAUUUGGGGACUUUCUGUCCCUGUAUGCAAAAUGCAUCACUGUUGCUCAGGGGAGAGUGGGGUCUACAUUACAACAUCAGGGCCUCAGCUUGAAUUAAUUGCAACCUGGCUGUACACAGUUUCAUAAAUGUGUUACGGACAUCUGAACAUGAACAACAGUCUUCUAAAGCAAGAAGAUGAAGCAACAGGAGUCCAUCCUGUGUUAUUGUCAGUUUCUUGAUGUCUUUAUGGGGGGUUUGUCACUUUAUGAUUCUUUGUUGUUUGUUUGUUUGUGCUCAAUUUAGUGAUUAACUAUUAUCACAAAUCAUGUACAAAUCCUAAUGUUCUGUGUUUCUGUCCCUUGGAGAGGGUUACCUUUCAGUGCAUAAGUCCAUGUAUGCAUGCAUGUAAAUGUACAUAUGCAUCAUGUGCAAUGCAUAUAUAUGUAUACAUCCUGCUAUACUUAUGAAAUGUAGUGUGUAAAAUAGUGCAACUGUUAAUUGGGGAGUUGGGACAGACAUGGCUUAUAGCAGGGGUGUCAAACAAAACGUUACUGCAUGCAUUUAACUGUUCCAGAGUUCAUGUGUAGUACAUGCAUUUCACGAAUGAAUAAAGCUGCUCUAAUAACCAACAAUGUAUUCAAACAAAAGCAGAGCAAAAUGAUCUAUUUGACAUAUCCAUUGAUUAUAUGCUUGCAGAUUUGGUAAUUCGGGAAUAUUCAUCAAACAUCAUUGACAAGACAAGACAAGUUUAGAUGCAAACUAAACAUGCAACACUGUAAUUUAAAGUGUUUAUCUAUCCUACUGCAGCUAAAAAGUAAAAUCUAGUACAAAAUACUGAUAUAAUAAAUGAAAUGCACAGUUUUAGCAUAAUUUUAGCCAUAUGUUUGAUACACCUGCUACACUCCAAGAUUGCACACCCUAAAGCUUUUGUCAAACUUAAACUCAGUUUUAACUAAUGAUAUCCAGGAUGCAAUGAAUUGGUAAAUUGCCCAUCCAAGACAUCUAAUCCUUGUAAAAAAAAAAAACACACACACACACACACACACACACAAAUUUAAUAAAAAAAUUCAGGGACACUAUUUUUACUGUCUCAAAAACCUGCAUGUAUUCUUACACCUCUUUCAUUAGAAAAAUAAAUAAACACCUUAAAAUUCUUGUUUUUCCAGAUGACUGACACCAGUUUUCCCAUUUACAACCAGUUGAGCAUCCUCAAACAAUACAGGUUUUAUUUCCUAAACCCGUCAUGAUAAUCAGCAAAUACCACUAUUUCAACAUUUUACCACAUUGUUAGUAGCCUUCCUCCCUCAACUCCUUCUGCUUAUUACUUUUGCUCUAUUACCUUUUAUCUUAUAGUCAUAUGGCUUCUCUACUAGAUGUUUGUGAGUAUUUUUCCUGUGUACUCCAUUUUGAAUUGUAAUCUAGUUUCUAUAAAAAAUGGUGCACAUGUAAAUAAAGCUUGUUUGAGCUAUA